AUGCAGUACUCUCUCGUCUUCCUCGCCGCUGCCGGCCUCGUCGCCGCCCAGGAGACCUCGCAGCCUCCUCUGUUUACCUCGCAGCCCCCUCUGUUCACAUCGCAGCCUCCUCUGGUCACCAUCCCCGCUGGCCUCGAGUCCGCCGUGAGCUCUGCUGCCCCUACCUCGGGCGCUGAGUCUGCCUCAUCUGCUGCCGGCAGCGCCGCCAGCUCCGUCGUCGGCUCCAUCACCUCGGCCAUCCCCACCACCCUGGUAUCCUCCAUCCAGAGCUCCCUCUCGGGCGACAUCUCGAGCCGUCUGUCCAGCGCUUCUGGUGACCUCUCCAGCCGCCUCUCCAGCGCCUCCGGUGA